GAUCAUAGCUCACUACAGCCUUGAGCUCCCGGGCUGAAGCAGUCUUCCAGCCUCAGCCGCCCGUAGCUGGGACUACAAAUACACGCCAUCAGGCCCAACUAUUUUUUUUUUUUUUUUUUUUUUGUAGAGAUAAGGUCUCACUACAUUGCCCAGGCUCAGAAAUUCUCAUCUUUAUUUUCACUGUGGAGUGGCCACUGAAGUGAGCCCCAGUUACGAGGAAGGAAACUGACAUUUCCAUUAAUGGGUCCCUCUGCUUCCUUGACACUCUCCAAGUGAGAUUCCUGGGACCCCUAUUGGUUAACAGUGCAACUUCCUGAACCCCCCUUCAGGCUUCUGUGACCAACUAAGAAAUUUUACUGCUCCACUUCUGCCCAACUUUGCUCCCCAGAGAUAUGGAUAGAGUGGCUGUUGCCAGUCUCACAUGAUGUUAAGUUGAUAUUCAGGAAUAAGGUAAAAGUCAAAAUGUCAAAGUCCACAGUCUAAGAUAGAAAGGAAAGAAUAUUUCAUUCCUAGUAUCUACAGAUUAAAAGGAAAGCCUAGAUCUUCCACUAUUAGAAGAGAUGAAUACCCCAGCAGUGUGGCUACUAUUUGCUAAUACACUAGAAAAACACUUUUCUCUCCCAUUUCAGAUAAUGUAGAAGGAGGGACGGGUGAGAGCAAUGUUAAGUGUUGGAUUCCAGGCUGCCCCAACAGCCACAAAGUAAUUCUAGUCACAGUUUACCCCCAGCAGAUUCACACAGUGAGAAAUUCAAAAGGCCCUAUUUACACAUUUCAAUAUUAAAGCCCCAAGAACCGGGGUCAUUUGAUGGUAUUAAUAACAGUCCUAAAGAUUCUGACAGCAGUGACAUUUCAGAGAAAGAAAUGCCAGGGCACCCAUGCAUCAGCGAGAUCGACAUUUGAUACUGCGCAUUGUUGGCAAUAUUCAAGUGCUAAUCAUUCUGUUUUUGUUUUCCUUCUAACAUACGCAUUUUUUGAGAUUGGUUUGCGUCUCUUUAUCAUCAGAGCUACAUGGUUUUGCUUAUUACUAACUCCUUUAUCAUUACGAGGUCCACACCAGGGCUAUUUAAAUACUUGAAACGAGGAACAGUUAAACAGUCUGCUGAAACAUUAGUCUAGGAGGAGAUAUAAGGUUACUUCCUUCAGUAACACACUCCGCUACAUAGUCAGGUGAAGACUGUCUCUAUAGAGGCUUCUGGAUGUGGUUGUAGGAAGCAUGGACUGUGCAAGCUUGCGCGGAAGGAGGACGAGAGGAUGGACUUACAAUCUUGAAACAGAGUGUUUGGAAGAGCUGACCUUGGAGCAGAGCAUUGCCGAGUAUCUGAAAGAUGUCAACGACCCUCGCUGCUGCUCGGAGACCUUGGGGAUGACCUGCACCCACUAGCAUGCCUGGAUGGUUCAAAAAGGCGUGGUAUGGGCUGGCGUCUUUACUGAGCUUCUCCUCCUUCAUCCUGAUCAUCGUUGCCCUGGUAGUGCCCCACUGGCUGAGUGGGAAAAUCCUUUGUCAGACUGGAGUGGAUCUGGUCAACGCCACAGACAGAGAGCUGGUCAAGUUCAUUGGGGACAUUUACUACGGGCUCUUCCGAGGGUGUAAGGUGCGGCAGUGUGGGCUCGGGGGCCGCCAGUCCCAAUUCACGAUCUUCCCACACCUGGUGAAGGAGCUCAACGCAGGCCUUCAUGUGAUGAUUCUGCUGCUCCUAUUCCUGGCCUUGGCCCUGGCUCUGGUCAGCAUGGGCUUUGCCAUUCUUAACAUGAUCCAGGUCCCGUACCGGGCAGUCAACGGUCCUGGGGGCAUCUGCCUAUGGAAUGUCCUGGCAGGCGGCAUCGUGGCGUUAGCCAUCACCAGCUUCGUGGCUGCGGUGAAAUUUCACGACCUGACGGAACGAAUCGCCAACUUUCAGGAGAAGCUCUUCCAGUUUGUGGUGGUGGAAGAACAGUAUGAAGAGUCGUUUUGGAUGUGCGUGGCCAGCGCUUCGGCCCAUGCUGCAAACUUGGUCGUGGUGGCGAUCAGUCAAAUUCCCCUCCCUGAGAUUAAGACCAAAAUCGAAGAGGCCACGGUCACAGCUGAGGAUAUCUUGUAUUAAUAGGCUUCCCCUGUUCACACCCUGUCCUAAGUCAGUUCUGUGUGGGAAUGGAGUCCUCAUGUUUUUGCAGCCUUCCCACUCCAUCAUGGCUAUGUUCUCAGCAGUAAGAAAAAGGAUGUGAAGGACCAAGGCUGUUGCCUGGUCCAGAAAAGAAAAAUUUGCCCGGAAUCCCCAGCGUCCUUGCAUUCCUCUCUCAUGACCUUGGAGUUCAAGUUGCAGCUGGAGACUCUGCCACUUGCCAGCUGUGUGUGACAUUAGACAAUUCACUUAAUGUCUAUGUCUCUGUUUCAUCUGUAAACUAAGCACAGUAACAACUUUGCAAGGCUGUUGUGAAGUUUAAAUGGGUGAUGAUAUUGCCAGAUUCUGC